UCAGCUCCUCAGAAGACGGAGCAGGACUGUCAGGACGCACGACAGGCAGUCGCUGGACCUGGACUACGGGACUCACUAGAACACAGACACCGCUUGCUCCAGAAAAGGAAGAACCUCACCUCUCUGCAUCCUAAAUACAAAUGUACCCUCCUUGGAAGCGGCCCAUGCCCCUGUCUAUGCAUGAGGACCCCAUGUACACCACAGCCUCUUUGGGCAUUGACAUGUUCAACGUCACCACACACGUCCUCGGGUCUACCCUACUUAACAAGAGCCUUCCAGAGAAUAGCGACUGCCCAGACACCGAGUGGUUGAGCUGGCUCAACGCCAUCCAGGCACCCUUCCUCUGGGUCCUCUUCCUGCUGGCUGCCCUGGAGAACAUCUUUGUCCUCAGUGUGUUCUGCCUGCACAAGAACAAUUGCACUGUGGCCGAGAUCUACCUGGGCAAUCUGGCAGCGGCGGAUCUCAUCCUGGCCUGUGGAUUGCCCUUCUGGGCCAUCACCAUCGCCAACAACUUCGACUGGCUGUUCGGAGAGGUGCUGUGCCGCGUGGUAAACGCACUGAUCUACAUGAAUCUCUAUAGCAGCAUCUGCUUCCUGAUGCUUGUGAGUGUCGACCGCUACCUGGCACUAGUGAAGACCAUGUCCAUGGGCCGGAUGCGCGGGGUGCGCUGUGCCAAAAUCUACAGCCUGGUGAUCUGGGGCUGUACGCUGCUUCUGAGUUCACCCAUGCUGAUGUUCAGGACCCUGAGGAAGUACAACGAAGAGGGCUUCAACGUCACCGCCUGCGUCAUCGACUACCCGUCCUCCUCCUGGGAGGUAUUCACCAAUGUGCUGCUGAACCUGGUGGGCUUCCUGCUGCCCCUAACCAUCAUCACCUUCUGCACGGUGAAGAUCAUGCAGGUGCUGAGGAACAACGAGAUGAAAAAGUUCAAGGAGAUCCAGACAGAAAGGAAGGCCACUGUGCUGGUGCUGGCCGUCCUGGGGCUCUUUGUGAUAUGUUGGGUCCCCUUUCAGAUCAGUACCUUCCUGGACACACUGAUUCGUCUCAACGUGCUGUCUGGAUGCUGGGUCAGGCAUGCCGUGGACGUCAUCACACAGAUCAGUUCCUACAUGGCCUACAGCAACAGCUGCCUCAACCCUCUGGUGUACGUGAUUGUGGGCAAGCGCUUCCGGAAGAAGUCCCGGGAGGUAUACCAAGCCAUGUGCCGGAGGGGAGGCUGCAUGGGAGAACCCAUCCAGAUGGAGAACUCGCUGGGGACUCUGAAGACCUCUAUCUCAGUGGAGCGCCAGAUCCACAAGCUGCAGGAUUGGUCAGGGAACAGACAGUGAACAGAGGCCACCAGGAAGGACCACUUUGAAGACGUGUGAAGACUGGUGGACCCUGGACUACUCAGCCUGGGUGCAGGAAGGAGCUUGAAGCAUCCUAGGCAGCCCCAGGGAAACAGACGAAACAGGCACAGGCGGGUGCUUCCAGACCUGUCUCAUGGCAUGAGCGUGCUGUGAAGAAUGGAUACACUGGAACACAGUGGGAUGAUUCUGACUGACUGGCACUCUGAGGCCCCAUGAGUGGAGAGAUCCUGGGGUAGGGUUGGAAGUGACAGCACUUCCUUCCCACGGUGGCUGGGGGAAGGACAGAUCUCCAGGGAAGCUGUUGCCAGGUUUGUCCUGUGGCUGCAUGCACAGGAGACCCGGUUGACUUGCUUCUAGGUUUCAUGGUUUGAUGAUUCCUUGGUCUUCUGGAGGUUAAACUCCGAGGAGUCCCAAGUAAGGACCCAGAGACUGGGGUUCUGUCACUGCUCUCGCCCGUGGAGAAGGUAGACAGUGAGAAAAAACCCCCCACCACCCCGUAGUGUUAUGGGGCACUUGCUGAAUACACAGCAUUAGACACUGUGGGCAAGAGGCAAGAGAGUCACAGUAAAAUCUGUCUAAAGGGAACCCUGAUGUAAGCAGGAUGCCCAGGACUUGCAGUCCCUAGGAGGCUGCUGAUGGUGUAUGAAUGCAAGGAACUGUGAAAGGAAGGAGCAGAAAGCAGCAGGUCUAGUUGAGCCUGUGGACAACACAGAGGCCUGGACCUGGCCUCUGCUUCCUCUGCUAUAAUGUGAGAGGGUCUUGUGCUUUGGCAAAUGGCAGGUGUUAUGUGACUGUGCGGCAUCAGAACACACUUCACAUGGAGAUGCUUGGCACAGAGACAGUCACCGAGGCUCAGGAACUACCCAAUGGGGAAUAAUCAGUGCUGGAAAACAUAGGCUGUGCCUGCAGGUGUGGGAGACCCUCCCUCCCACCUUUCCCUCCUAGUGCCCCACCCCAAUGCACACACAAUAAAGUGUUACACCCGCCCGGAAUUCCGGAACCCAAAUCACCACCACAAGACCACCUCCGAUGUAAAAACAGGAGUCUUUAUUCACGAGUUAACUCGGUUCCCUCCAUCCAUCCGAAGUAGCAGCAACUACAGCAGUAGCAACAGGAACAGUGUAGAAGAGACUGGAGCAGCCAAAAAAAAAAAAAAAAAAAAAAAAUGGGAGUUCAUACAGGGGUAGAGGCUCUGGGCAUUCCAAGCCUCGGGGCUUGUGAUUGGCUGCCCCCUAGUGGCUUGAAGGGGAAUUCCAGACUUCCAGGCUUGGAAUUGGCUGCCCUCUCAAUGUUGUAAGGGGGAUUUCCAGGACUAAGGGAACUUCCCAAACUGCCAGUAACUGCCUGAGGUUCUGAUUGGUCCAUUUUCCCUGCUCAGGGAUUGGCUGGUUUUGAGUAAGGGGCAGAAAUGGCUCUGCUUCUGGGUCCAAACUGUGUUUCUUUCUCUGGUUCUUUCUACCUUUUUAACCCUAAUCUUGGGGCCAAGGUAAAUAUCUUUGAUAUGCCCUAAAUCUAGGGACUUGGUGCAUUCUUUUGGUCCUAGUUUCAGGGUUCGGGGGCUUUUUUCCGGCUCUAGGUUUGGGGACAAAGUGUCUCUUCCCCUGGGUCUGGUCCUGUUUUUAGAUUAUGUUUCUUUCCCUGGGUUGAGGCUUGGAGCCUAGCCAUUCGAGGUUUGUGUGGAGGCUGCGGAUCAGAGAUUUUCUGGGACCUGGGUCUCUCAAAAGCAUUUGGCAGACAGGGAUGGCGGAGACUACAAGAGUUUGUGUUGCUAGGAGACAAAGAAAAAGAAUUCUCACAGGAUCAGCCCAGGGAAUCCACAGUCCACAGCCUGGCUGCAAUCAGUAAUUGUCCAGGGCAGUCCUGCUUCACAGGAUCCCUGUUUCAGUGGCCAAGGGGUGCCAAUCAGUAGGUUAAGAGUGGCUUAUAAAGUAGUGGAAGCUAUGUACAUUUGUGAGGGCAGCUGACCUACCCUAGGUCACUAAUCCCAGGGCUUUGAUUCCAGGCCCAACUCUCUACAUGGCCACAGAUUGCCUUAUGAGUGAUGGCAGGGGUGGCCUGAGCUAUCUGAAAACUCUGACUUGAGAAACACCCCCUGGGGUGGGGACAACACACCUGACCCUUGGACAGGUCUUCCACUAUAGAUGAGAGAACUGCUCCAGGUGGCUUCAGGGUCACUGGAUUCCCCGUGAGAACCUACUCCAAGAGCCAUGGGUGGGCUCAGUUGUCAGACUCCAUACUCCUAGUUCCAGAAUCUUCCACAGGAGUUUAUUUUUCCACGCGUCCAUAUCAGUGACUUUUCUCAUGGCUGUGACAAAUUACCUGGCAGAAGCAGCUUCACCUCCCAGUGUCUAAAAGGUUUCCGUCCACUGUAGCAGGGGGAGUAUGGUAACUGGGGCACACAACAGAGGCGUCUUACCUCGGAGGGACCAGUAAACAGACACAACUGAGACCAGGGGCAGGAUAUGACCGUCCACGGCUUGACCCUAGCUGGUGACUUGCACCAACUAGAUCUGAUUCCCUAAAGGUCUCAUAGCUUCCCCAAAUAGGGCCAGCAGUCAGGAAAUGGGAUCUCAAAACAUGAGCGGAGGAGCAGGAGGAAUUUCAGACUCAAACUGUAACAAUUUACAGGGCGUUACAAACUGGCCCCUGUGACUAACAGUACUCUAAGUUCCCAGAGAGAUAUGAGGAACAGACCACAUAGUCCCCAACACCAAGCCACUUAGGACCUGGCUACCCAAUAGCCCAGGAACUGGAGACUCGAGAAGCGAGCAGAGUUCUAUGGUGUUUCUGACUAGGUUGGAGCCAGGGGUGUAGAGGAAAGGGGCCCACAAAAGAAACCCACGCUGGCCGCAGUGUUUACGAAGGGAGCGCUUAUGUGGCAAAACAAAACAAAACAAAACAAAAAACCUUGAAUCCUGACAGAGAAGACCUCGGAGAAAUGCCUUUUCCACCCCCCACCCACCCCCAGUAAACUUAACACUUGUAGCCAGGAAAGAAAAACAAGUGGUGUAAAAAGCGGAUGCUAGAAUUCUGUGCUAGAACGGAACCCAGCCACGGCCAUACUAUAACAUAUAUAAAUGAUAAGCAGGGCCCAAUUCUCAGAAGAGAUGUUGGUGGGCUGUGGGCUUCAGGAACACAGCCUGGCCUCUUCAGGGUGGCUGAAGGGUCUUCACCUGGGUCUCUGCAGGAGGAAAGCCCCCUUUGUGCUGUGUGGACACCCUGGUGAGAAGUCGUGUCCUGUGAGUGCUUGUGCAGAGGAAGUGACUGGGCUGCCGAUGAGAGGGGAGGGCUCCGUGUAAACACUCACCUCUUCUGCGCACUGGAACAAACAGAUGAGUUUUGUAUAGUGUUUGACUGUGUUUGUAUAGAAGUUUGACUGUGUCACACUUCCUGAAGCCCUGAGUCCUGACCUGGGAUACUGACUCCGGCAGUCGAAAGUCUCGGGAGAUGAGGAGCACAGCCUGUUCCUGAGGAGAAGAUCAGUGGUCUCCAGGAGUAUCCCUUCUGAGUUAGAAGUGGGGGAAGCAUGACUCACAACACACAAUUUGUACAGAUUAAUAUGCAUUGAAAUAUGCACACUUAAAUAUAUUAAAUAAAUCGUAUUAUAAUUUUUCAGAAAAUGAA